CCCUUCUCGGAAAUUAGAAUUUACGAAAUAACAAAGAAAGUCUUCCACUGGUCUUCUUUUAUCUUAAUUUGCUUCCACCUUCUCGGAUAUUAUUAUUAUUGCCUCCUGCGCUCCUGCUCAAAUAAUUCUAGAUAUGCAUUAUAUAUGUAAGGGAACGAUGUUGAAAUUCACAUAAAAUUUUCUUCCCCUUCUCCAUAAUUAUCUUCUUUUGAAGUUGGUACUCUUCUAUAAUAGCGUCCAUGUCGAUUUCUGGAAUUCAAGGUCAACCCCUGGAGAUCACCGUUGUAGGCUGCAGCAAAUUGAAGGAUACGGAGUGGAUUUCAAGACAAGAUCCUUACGUUUGCCUGGAAUACGCCAGCACUAAAUUCCGUACCCGUACCCACACAGACGGUGGAAAAAACCCUACUUUUCAAGAGAAAUUCGUCUUCUCCUUGAUUGAAGGGCUAAGGGAGAUCACUGUUGCUGUUUGGAACAGCAAUACCAUUACCUAUGAUGAUUUUAUCGGCAAUGGAAAGGUUCAGCUGCAGAAAGUGCUUUCUCAGGGAUUUGAUGAUAGUUCUUGGCCACUCCAAACUAAAACCGGCAGGCAUGCUGGAGAAGUUCGGCUGAUUAUGCACUAUGCAAAUGCUAAUCCUGCAACAAGUUAUGCUCCAUCCGCUCCACCUUAUGUGGCACCACCAAUACCCCAAAGUUCUUUGUAUGCUGCUCCCCCCCCAUCUGUUGGGUCUUAUCUACCUCCAACAACCUAUCCUGCUCCACCUCCUCCCUAUUCACCGUAUCCUCCUAAUCCUGCAGCAUACGUGCCAGCACCAUAUUAUCCUCCUGCUCAAGCUGCUUAUCCUGCAGCUUAUGGAGCACCUUCAGCUUAUCCUCCACCGCCAUAUCCACCUCCACCUUAUGAUCCAUCUCAUUACCAUACAGGUCCAUUCCCUGGAAUCUAUCCUCCACCACCAUACUGAGAUAAAGCUCGCUAUCGGUAUUAGUGGAGAGAGCACGUCUACAUUUUAGUGACAGUUAUCUUUGUAACUGGGCUUGGUAGUUUUAUUAUCUGACAUCAGGAACAAUUAACCCUUUUACUAACAGCAAUUCUUAUGUGGUUGGAAACUGUUUAUAUGGUGCUUAGAACAGAAGAAGGCAUGCUUUUUUUUUUCCUAUUGUUUGUCUGCCUACAUAAAGAUGUGAAAUUGUAUGUAAUCUUUUGUUUCCCUUUGCUUUGGGGGAGGUGAUUGAAGCAUCAUAUGGAUCAUCUGCACCCAGGACAAAUGAAAUUUGAAGCAGCCAGUUGCUUAAUUUCUCGU